AUGUUUACACAUUGCCUACGUCUAAACCUUACUCAACGAGGACUUCGCAACAUACCCCAAUUUCGGACCAGCUGUGCCCGAAACACGUUCAGCACGCUCAAAGCGACGGUUCCGGGUGGUGACGUCACGCGACGAGCGCUGCUCACGUGGCUCACCGUCGCAGUUGCGGGUAGCCUGGCCCCGCGCGCGUGCAACGCGGCUGCAGGUACAGCGCUGACGAAGAAGCUGUACCCAAAGCCUGGUUACAACGUUGAGGAGCAGUUUGAGGCGCCGCCUCUUUCCGAACAGGACGUGGCUCGUGUCCAAAAGCAGCUGGCUGCGUUGCGUGAGUAUCGGCAGGCUGUCAGCGACAUAAGUGCAAAGUUCGAGGCAGCCCCUGACACCUACGACGUGCUUGGAGAGCUUGAGCGGGUAUUUCGGUACGACACUUUGCGAAACGUGCUUAACGUUGUUGCCGAUACGAACUUCGAUGAAGAGGUACAGAAACGCACGGAUCGUCUGGUGCGGAACAUACUUCAGGACCUUAGCGAGUUAGAGACGGCGGCGCGUAUACGUGGCAACCAAGGCCGUCGAACACCACGCAAAACUGAUGCGGUUCGCAAAUGGCUGCGUACGUUUUCGACGGACAUGGAUCGUCUCUUGGCGUAUUAUCCGAAGGCAAAAGCAUAG